AUGACACAUCUCCCGCCAUACGGCGCCGGAGAUGUCCACCGGCCCGUCGUCCCCCAAACAAAGCUCCAAGAGGACUUUUUUACCUGGAACGAAGCGGAAAUUGCCUCCGUGUCUCCGCCUGUCUUCCUCCCUCCCACUCCUCUGUCUCCUCCAAUUAUUGACCCUUUCCCCCUCCUCUCUUCCGACUUGACGCCUCGCAAACUGAAAAGGCUUCUACAGGCACCUGAGAUCAACCGCCCCUCGCACUUUCGCCACCUCCACCCUUCUCGAUCCCAGGAACUCACCCAGCAGCCCUCGAGGUCUUACUUCUCCCGCUUCGGCAGCAAGUCUUUUGGCCGUCGCCUCGAUCCUCCCGCCUCGUCCUCUUACCACUCCAGCCUCAACCCGACCGGCGUGGCACCGCUGCUAAUCGGGUUCACUCGCAACUGGCCGCUGCUAUUGCAAUGUGUGUCCAGCUACAUUGCAGCAGGCUGGCCGGCGGAAGAGAUCUAUGUUAUCGAGAACACGGGAACGAUGGACGCCAAUGAGCGGGGGUUAUUAGGUCUACAAAAUCCGUUCUUUAUAAACUCGACACAGUUGGAAAUGCUUAGAGUGACCGUAAUUUCCACUCCGACGCUGUUAACAUUUGCGCAGUUGCAGAACUUCUUUGCUUGCAAUACGUUCGAGAACAACGAGCCCGAGGAAUACAUAUACCGCUCUCUUUACGCCAAUGCCCUCCAUACCCUCCGCCAAUACCGCGACCCUUCCCAUCCCAAGUGGGCUCAUCACUUCUUUUCCUACGACCAUCUUACCCUCGUCCACCGGGAUGCGAUCCUCUCCGUUGGCGGCUGGGACACGCACAUUCCCUUCUACGGUACCGACUGCGACAUGUACACACGAUUGAUGUGGGCGGGCUACACACAGAACGAGUCCACAGCACCAGCAACAGAGGCAGGGCACAUCCUGGACGUGAGCACUGUUCUCGACGACAUCGGCGCGCUGUUUCGUAUCCCGGGUAUCAAAGCUUCCUUCCCCGGCGAUCCUGACCCCCCGGCCCGGAACCAGAAAGCGGAAGCCACUUCAGCAGCAGCGGUGAUGACGAAAGACACAUCCGAGAUCACGGAAGCUGAAACGCACGCCAACUUGUUGUCGACGGCCCGUCGCAUGGAACGUGCCAAGUAUGCCCGCGGCAACGGCUACGAAGGGCGGACCAAGAGCUGGCAGAUGAAGCAGCAGGGAGGACAAGGAGAGCCGUUUUAUCGGGACGCAGAGGGUUUCGGAACCGGCGUGGAGAUGUGGAUCGAGACAGGACGGGCGGUAUAUUCGCAGAAAUGGGGACAUCGUGGGUGUGAUCUCGCGAAGAAGGUCGAAAGGGACUGGGAUGUGGAGGAGGAGGGGAAUGGAGGGACCGGUGGGGGUUGGUAG